AUGGCGGAAGUGCGGCCCCCGGGGGUCGCGGGCUCGCGCCGGGGCCGGGGGCGGGGCGGAGGGCCAGGCCCGCGGCGUGCCCCCACCUGGGAGGUCUCGGACUCUGACACGGAGGGCGCAGUGCCCGCGGCCGGGGAGCGCGGGGCCGCGGCCGGGGAGCGCGGGGCCGCGGCCCGGGCUCCACGUCCCGAACGAGUCCUUAGGAGCCUGGUGGUGUGCGUGGACCCAGCGGUCCUGGAAGACGCUGGCGCCGACAUCCUGAUGGAGGCCUUGGGUGCGCUGGGCUGCGAAUGCCGCAUCGAGCCGCAGCGCCUGGCCCGCAGCCUGCAGUGGAGCCGAGGGUCCCCCGACCCCAGUGCCGUGCCUUCUGAGGUGCCAACUGAAGAUGGGCAGGAACUACUGCUGCUGCUGCUGGAGCCCCAGGAGUUUCUGCUGGGCGUUGCCCAGUUGACCCAGGUCUCAGGCCUACCUUCCUCCGUGCCCUGGAUUUCCCCUGAGAACCCCAGCUGCCCCCACCUGGCUGUCAUCGGCCUGGAUGCCUACCUCUGGUCUCCACGUCCCAGUGCCCAACAGCAGCUGGAGAAUCCAUCAGUGGCCCAGCAGGAGGCAGCCAUUGGCUGGCCAGAGGUGGAAGAGGCCCUCGUGCUCCUCCAACUCUUGGCAGACAUGGACGUGCUGCUGGUGGCCUCGUGGCAGGAGCUGAGUCAGCAUGUGUGUGCGCUCACUAAGGCCCUGGCCCAGCGCCCAAGCAAGCAGUACCGAGACACCCAGGCCUUUGCCUUCUGCACAGCAGGGCGCUGGGCCUCUGGCCAGCGAGUGACCAGAGAUGGCUCAGGACUCCAGGGAGUGUGGUGGAGGCAAAUUAGACAAUUUAAUCGCGUCAGCCCAGCUGUAGCUGAGGCCAUCGUCACUGCCUUCCCCUCCCCGCGCCUGCUGCAGGAGGCCCUCACUGCCUGCAGCUCGGAACAGGAGCGCCUGGGCCUCUUGGCUGACCUCCCUGUGAAUGCCCAAGGUGGGCGACCCCGCAGGGUGGGCCCCGACCUCUCCCGCCGUAUCUGCCUCUUCCUGAGCACCACCAACCCUGACCUCCUGCUGGACCUGGGGUCUUGACCAUGCCUGCAGGAUUCUUGUGGCCCGUGAGCAAGACAGAAUACAUACACACACACACACACACACACACACACACACACGCCUCUGGGAUAGGCCAGCAAGACUGGACCCUGACAGGCUGGCAAGGGGGUUAAGCACACCUUUACAGUAAAGACUGGGGUGAACUCAGCCCCUGGUUGUCAGGUAGGAGCUGAAGAGGUAAGGGGUGGCGCCCCUUGAGGGCAGCAGCCAGUCAGGGGCCCUGCUGUGGGAGCUUGGUGAAGGGCUGCAGGCCCAGGUGGGAAGUCAGAGGAUUCAGAACAGUACCCUAAAAUGCAGCCCCUCAGAGGCCUGGGGCGACGUGCAUGGGGAGCAGCAAGAGGGAAUCUCGAGGGAGAACUGCCUGCCCCUCCCAGGCUGGACCCCAGAGGAAAAGCACGGGAGCUGGGCCGCCAGGCCUGGGCGGGGCUCUUUAAUCUUACAGCA